CUUGGGGCCCUGGGGACUGGAGGCAUUGGUUCUGUCUGCUGAAAGUGGGGGACCCUCGGGACGGGAAAGGAGUACAGAACAACUCUGAGGAAGACCAAGACCAAGACCAAGGAAAGAAGGCAGGAGAAUCAGCUUCCAGUGCUGUGAUGCCCGAAGAUGUGGAACUACCUGAGCCUUUUGCUUCUGAUGGGGCCACUACAGGUGUCCUCUGAGAAGCUUUCCUCUCUUUUCCACUGCCCCCAAAUCUGCAUCUGUGAUAAAAGCAAGAGAUCCGUCUUGUGCCAGAACCAGAACCUCACCAGAGUGCCAGCCUCCAUCCCUUCAAUGACUCGGAAACUUGAUCUCCAAGGUAACGGUUUAAAGGUGAUUCCUCCCCGGGUCUUCCAGCCCUUCCCCGACCUGACCCAUCUGGACUUGCAGAACUGUCAGCUGAAGGAGCUGCAGAGAGGGAGCUUCAGAGGCCUGCUGUUCCUGUCCUACCUCAACCUGGCCUCCAACAACAUCACUGUCCUGCGCAGAGGGGCCCUGGAUGGGCCGCUCCUGCUGAGGCACUUGGUGCUGGAGCACAACCAGCUGAAAGAGAUCCAGCCGGGGGCCUUCCGGGCGCUGCCCUACGUCAACCUGCUCAACCUGGCUCACAACUCCUUGGACUCCGUGCCCGACUUGGCCUUUCAGGGGCUGGUCAGCGCCUGGUGGCUCCGGCUCUCCCACAAUGCCCUCGCCAGCCUGGCCCCAGAGUCCCUGGCGGGUCUGCCGGGCCUCCGCCGGCUCAGCCUGGACCACAACGAGCUGCGGAGCCUCCCCUGGGACGCGCUGGCGCACCUGCCAGGCCUGGCCCACCUGGAUCUGGGCCACAACCCCCUCGGCCGCCUGGGAAGGGAAGAAGCGCUGGCGCUGCCGGAGCUGCGCUACCUGGCCCUGGACGGGGCAUCUCUCCAGACCGUGGACGCGGAAGCUUUCUCCCGCUGCCCGCAGCUCUACACCGUGGACCUCCGGGACAACCAGCUGAGGACGCUGCCGUCGUUGCGGGGUCUGGGCCGGCUCCACAAGCUCAAUCUGAGCGGGAACCCGCUGCGCUGCGAUUGCGCCGCGCGCCCCCUGCGCGACUGGGCCGUCCGGAACUGGGUGAUGAUGGACGCCCGCUGCAGGGAGCCCGCGCUCCUAAGAGGAGAAGCUCUGGGGUCCCUGGGGGAGCGGGACUUGCUCUGCCGGAGGCCCGGCGGUGGGCGAGAGCAGCAGGAGCCCGAGGAGCCCGAGGAGGCCGCGGACGCCGAGCCUUGCCCCCUGCCCUGCACCUGCUCUUCCCUUUCCAACCACAGCAGCUGUGAGAACAGGAGCUUGAAGUUCAUCCCCUCCGGCUUCCCCAAUGGCACUCGGCUCCUGGAUCUGAACUGGAACAAGUUCACGGCCGUGCCUCGGCUCUCCUUCCCAGGGCUGGGCCGCCUGGUGUCCCUGCACCUGCAGCACGGCCGGAUCACCCAGCUGGCCCCGGGGGCCUUGGGCGGCUUGGGCCAACUGGUCUACCUCUACCUCUCCGACAACCGGCUGUCGGAGCUCAGUGCCGCCGGCCUGCAGGGCGUCCCCGGGCUGCGUUUCCUGUACUUGGACCGCAACCGCUUCACACACGUGCCCAGGGACGUGCUGUGGGCUCUGCCCGCGCUGGUGAGCCUGCACCUGGAGUACAACGCUCUGCAGCAGCUGGCCCUCAGAGAUCUGGCCGGAGGGCCCAGUCUUCGCUGGCUCCAUCUGACCGGGAACAACGUCUCUCGGGUCUCCCCCGGGCCAGUGCAGAGCCUGGAGGGACUUUACAUGGCUGGCAAUCAGUUGCACGCAGUGCCAACGGGAGCUUUAGAGGGGCUGCCGGCCCUCAGGGAGCUGGAGCUGUCGGGCAAUCCCCUGGGGGUCCUGGGAGAAGGGGCCUUCGUUCCUGUGGCCAAAUCCUUACAGCAUCUUUAUCUCAAUAAUACGGGGCUCCAGCAGAUUUCCCCCGGGGCAUUUGCUGGCCUGGAGCCUGGGCUCAGGAGCCUGUACCUGGAGAAGAAUCAGCUGCAGACGCUGCCAGCCAUGGAUGGCUUUAGCCAACUGGAAGUCAUCAGUCUCAGGGAGAACCCUUUACACUGUGACUGCCAACUGUUCCCACUCCACAGGUGGCUAGCUGGCCAGAACCUACCUGGGGAGGCCACCUGCGAGUCCCCACCCAGUGCUCAGGGCCAGAAGGUGAAGGAGGCCACUGCCAUCUUUGAGAUAUGUGAGGAGGGAAAGGAUCCACAGAACCCAUCAACCUCCCAGCGUGAAGCUAACAAAACUCAUGGGCAAAGGAGUCAGCUCCAGGCUAGUGGGAAGCCCUAAGGUCUCUGGAAGUGGCAGGUAGAGGUCAUUUAUCCUUGGGAACCAAAGCUAUGGAAUGGGAGAGGGGAGAGAAUGGGAGGAAAAGAUGUGAUCCUCAUUUGGUUAGGAGGGGAUGGUUCUUGUCCUUUGACCUCUGGUAAAUAAAGUUCGUGUGCCUGUAUUGGGCUGUGUGUGGGGUGCACUAGGAAUUCAUGUUGCCUCCUAAUGGUUAAGUGAGUGUCCAGGGUCACACAGCUAUUAAGUAUCUGAGGAAGAAUUAAAAUUCAGACUCUAUCCACUACAUCACCCUGAAAGUUCUGAAAUCUCACCUUCCGCAGUGGCUGUAGACACUCCUGUUAAGAUCUCAAUUUCUCCACUCGCUUUUCUUUUCUUUUCUCUUCUCUUCUUUUCUUUUCUUU